CAGGCUCCCAUUUUCCUUUUCCUCCCAUCGUUUUAGUCGAGCUCCGCUGGUUGUGGCGCCCCAGAGCUUCCCGCGCCAGGCCCUACGCUGCGCUCCGGCCGCGGUGGCAGCAUGGGUGGCGCCCGGCGCGUGGGCUGGGUGGCGGCGGGCCUGGUCCUCGGGGCCGGUGCCUGCUAUUGCAUUUACAGGCUGGCGCGGGGCCAGCGGCCAGGAAGCCAGAGGCUUCGGCUGCGUUCCUCCCGGUCCGCAGAAGACUUAACCAAUGGUUCAUACGAUGAUAUCCUAACUGCUGAACAACUUCAGAAACUCCUUUAUCUGCUUGAGUCAACUGAGGAUCCUAUAAUUCUUGAAAGAGCUUUGGUCACUCUGGGUAACAAUGCAGCCUUUUCAACUAACCAGGUCAUUAUUCGUGAAUUGGGUGGUAUUCCAAUUGUUGGAAGAAAAAUCAACGAUCCCAACUACAGUAUUAAAGAGAAGGCUUUAAAUGCACUGAGUAACCUGAGUGUAAAUGUUGAAAAUCAAAUCAAGAUAAAGGUAUACGUCAGUCAAGUCUGUGAGGAUGUCCUCUCUGGUCCCCUGAACUCCCCCGUGCAGCUGGCGGGGCUGAGAUUGUUGACAAACAUGACAGUUACCAAUGACCACCAGCACCUGCUUAGCCAUUACAUCACAGACCUGUUCCAAGUGUUGCUUGCAGGAAAUGGAAGCACCAAGGUUCAAGUUUUGAAACUGCUGUUGAAUUUGUCUGAAAAUCCAGCCAUGACAGAAGGACUACUUGGUGCCCAAGUGGAUUCAUCAUUCCUUUCCCUUUAUGAUGGCCACGUGGCAAAGGAGAUUCUUCUUCGAGCUCUUACACUAUUUCAGAAUAUAAAUAACUGCUUCAAAAAGGAAGGCCAUUUAGCUAAGCCUGCUUUCACUAAAGGUUCAUUGUUUUUCCAUUUAUAUGGAGAAGAAUGUGCCCAGAAAAUGCAAGCGUUAGUUAAUCACCCUGAUGCAGAUGUGAAGGAAAAGGUAACAAUAAUACCCAAGUUCUAACUGUUAGGUCAUAUUUUUCCAGAGUAAUGUGGUCUGGAAGUAAUGCAUGUAAACUUCUUUCUCCUCUUCUUUACAAAGGGAUUCUUUCAGCCACUGAAUUUAAAUAGUAAAUAUCAGAUUUCACCAUUUAGACAAUGUAACAGCUUGUUCUAAAACAUUUCUUUUUAUUUUGCUAUUUGCUGAGCUACUUCAGUUAUUUCCUUGACAUGAAGUGAUGGUGACCUUUUUAUGUGUAAGCUACUCUUCUGUGUUUGCUGUGAUUUGUAGUUACUCAUCUGAGACAGCAUUAUUAGUACAUGUAUGUAUGUGAUUGUUUCGGAACAAAUGACCUUGUUCUUUUAGUAGCAAUGAGAUCCUAAGCUCGAGUCCACCUGCCAGCCUAACCAUACUGCUUUCAAAAUUCUAUUCCAAUCAUUAGUCUCUAUUCUAGGCCAUGAAAACUGUAAACUUUUAGGAGAAAUGUUUCUUAGCACCCACUCCCAUUCAAUGUGCCAGUACGUAAAGAUGCUAUGUAUAAAAUACUGGGAACAAUCAAAUUGUACACCUAUAUAGGCUACUGGUUAAAUCAGU